AUGGCGCAGUUGGCUCAGCAGGCCCUAAUUGCAAAUUGGGGAGGUGUUUCCCAACACCUUUCGUCACCACGGUCUACACCAGUUGUAUCUGUUGGCCUAGAGCAUAAUUUGAGAUUCAGGUUUUCGAGUGGAGGGCGCACGCGGCAAAACCAAUCAGACUUUCUGGACGAGCGUGGUGGACGCAGCGACCCACACUUUCCAACGCGUCCAGUCGACCGCGACAAGGCAGAGGCCGAGCUCACACUUAAUAUAAAGAAAGCCACCAGCCCAGAGGAGAGUGCUCCAAAGCAAAAACACGUGCGAAAGUGUAUUGUAUAUACAUGGGACUAUCAUUCAUCCACGUCCAUAUGGACCGGCCUCCGAGUCCAGCCCAUUCUAUCCGAUGAGGUUCAGACAUUCAAGGCGCUCAUCACUGUGCACAAGGUGCUGCAAGAGGGUCAUCCAGUUGCACUCCGGGAAGGCCAAAACCAGACUGGAUGGCUGGAGACAUGUGCUCGCACUAUUGGCAGUGAUGGCACGCGAGGUUACGGUUCAUUGAUCAGGGCAUAUGUCGCAUUCAUACUAUCCAAGCUCCGAUUUCAUCGGACUCAUCCAGAGUUCAAUGGCAUGUUCGAUUAUGAGGAAUACGUCUCAUUAAAGAAUAUCGACGAUCCAAAUGAAGGUAAUCUGCCUCGUACCAAAUCGAGUCUUUCCAAAAGCUCGUGUUCUCGACCUUUCGUCACUCGCGGAUCGGCGCCCGACCUUCCCAAGCGCCCAAAGUCGACCGCGGCCCCUGCAUCGCCUCCACCCACGGCACCGUCGCCCGAUCCAACCGCGGCGCAGAUAGCCGAGCAGGCACGCAUGCUCAAGGAGUAUGAAGAUCAACAAGCUGCGUUGAUCGCUUCCCGCCAGGCCGAGGAGACACGCCGGCUUGAACAGCAAAUGGCUCAGCAGCGCGAGUUUGAGGAAGCGCAGCGCCAACAGGCGGAACGGGAACGCCUUGCGCAAGAGGAGCUUCUGCGUCAACAGCAGCAGGCUGCCCAAUUCCAGAUGAAUAAUCAGGCAGCGGCGCGAUUGCAAGAGAUGGAGCGCGAGAUGUUGGGCAUGCGAGGCCAAUGGGAGCGCGACCAACUGAUGCUCGAGCAAUAUGAUCGAAGAGUCAAGGCACUGGAAGGGGCGCUCAACACUACCAAUGCCGAUGCAUUGGCCCAAAUGGGCGGCAAAGACGAGUUGAUUAAACAACUUCAGGACCAGGUCACGCUAUGGCGGAACAAGUAUGAAUCGCUGGCGAAACUAUACUCCCAGCUGCGCACCGAGCAUCUCGACAUGCUUAGUAAGUUUAAGCAAAUGCAGCUCAAGGCCAACUCGGCACAAGAGGCAAUUGACAAAAUGGAGCGCAUGGAGCGCGAUAUCAAGGCGAAGAAUCUCGAACUAGCUGACAUGAUUCGUGAGCGUGAUCGGGCGCGGUUCGAUCUGGAUCGUAUGAAGUCGAACCAUAAAGAGGAUAUGGACCGCCUCCGCCAGUUCGAGGUAUCGACUAUGAUGACCAAAUACAAUCGUCAGCUCAACGAGUUGGAGGAUUCACUCAGGGCCAAACAAAUUCAAAUCGACGACCUGCUCCGGAAAUUGGAUGGGCAAGAUUCGGCGGUCGAGCGGCUCCGCGAAGAGAAGGACCAAGAGAUUGCUAUCCUUCAAGAAGAAAUGGAUAGCACCAUUCAGAAAAUGGCCGAAAUGCAAAUGGAUCUGCAAACGUCCCAAGGCAUUGUGGAGGAGACGACGAAUGCGCAAAUCGAUACGCUCAUCUUGGACAACCGCAAGAAAUUGAAUCAAAUCAUCGAUUCCAUCUUGCAGAGCUGUGUCCAAAAGAUGGAUGACGCUAUCUAUGAGCUUGAGUCGCCUAACCAGAACGGGAACCAGAACGCCACUCCCGAGUAUACAUUGUCGAUGAUCGAAAAGGCGAUGAAUAACGCGACCGAGUUCGCCAUGACCUUCAAUCUAUACCUCGGAGGCGAGGCCGGCGGAGAUCACGUCGACGUAAUCAAGGCGGCAAACGAGUAUGCCCACGCUCUGUCAGAAGUUCUCCUCAACUGCAAGGGAAUUACUCGUUUGGCCAAUGACGAUAACGCUAGCGACAAGUUGAUUGCCGACGCCAAACAUGCUGGAGACGUUGGCCUCCGCUUCUUCCUCAACCUUCAGUCAUACAAAUUGGAUCUCAUUCCCCAAUCCCAGCGGACUGAAAUUCCUCUCCGCAACAACGUCGAAGCUCGCGCUGGUUCCCAAGGGGAAGGCAGGAACUCGCACGAAUGGGACUUGGGCGAUAUGGUCGAGCAGGAAAUGUUGGGCGCUGCACGCGCAAUUGAGGCUGCUACCCAACGUCUUCAACAACUUAUUGACCGCCCACGCGAUGCUUCACGUUUCAGUGCUGUCGAUUUGCAAGUCCACGACUCGAUUCUCGCAGCAGCAAUGGCAAUUACGAAUGCGAUUGGUCGCUUGAUUCAAGCUGCUACCGAAUCUCAGCAGGAGAUCGUCGCUCAGGGCCGUGGCUCAAGCACCACCCAGCAGUUUUACAAACGUAACAACCGCUGGACCGAAGGUCUCAUCUCGGCGGCGAAAGCAGUUGCCUUUGCUACCAACUUGCUCAUUGAAAGUGCCGACGGUGUCUUGAGCGGCACUCACUCACUGGAGCAACUGAUUGUCGCUUCAAACGAAGUUGCCGGAGCAACCGCCCAGCUGGUCGCUGCCAGCCGCGUCAAGGCUUCUCUUAUGUCUAAGACUCAAGAUCGUCUUGAGUUGGCUGCCAAGGCUGUUACUGAGGCAUGCAAGGCGCUCGUACGACAGGUUAAGGCUAUCACUGCCAAACAGAUUGAAGCAGAGGAUGUCGAUUACAAAUCCAUGGCCGUCCACGAGUUCAAGGUCAGGGAGAUGGAACAGCAAGUGGAAAUUCUCAAGCUGGAGAAGGAAUUGGGUGCCGCGCGUCAUCGGUUGGGUGCGAUGCGGCGCGCUGGAUAUCAUGCAGAGGAAGAGUAA